AUAUCAUAAACAUAACUAAGCAACGUUUGAACGCAGUGGUGGACACUAUAGAAUAGCUGAAGCAGGCCUAGGGCGAGCACUUCAGUAAAAAGUCUGACCGCACUUUUGUCUCUAUUGUGUUCCAAGCAUGUGUCACUUCCCAGAUAUCAUUGACAGAGAGCGCUCCUGUGUUGACUCGUGGUAGUCAGCGGGAGAAUCUAGCCAGUCAGCCAGACUUCACAGUCGGUACGAUAUCGGCAGUAUCUGAAUCAAGCUCGCUCACACAGUUUCGGAUCAAGAGUUUUCAUUGUUAUAUUUACACACGAAAACUGAGAAAUGAUAAUAUACUCGAGUAUUAACAAUGAUUUAAAGAUGCUGUUCACUAAUUAUCGCCAAAUAUUUGAAUAAUUUCUGGUUUUUCUUUCUUUCUCCUCGAUCCUACUACUUCAAAAAUACACAGCUAUUUUAUUUUACAUUUUCGUUGCAAACUUUUUCACAUAUAUUUAGGGAAAAAUGAUUUCCAGUGUCGCGUUUACGCUGUUUUACGAAAAUGCGACACUUGUGCCUAUGGUGCUUGGAAAUACAACUUUGGACGAAACUGAUGUAUAUGACUACGACUAUAACUCAUCUAUGGGUUAUCUGCCCCUGAAGGAACUUCUGCCGGUUUCCAUGGUGUACGGGAUAACUUUACUGUUUGGACUUGUUGGAAAUAUUCUCGUGAUAGUGUCUGUGGCUCGAUUUAAGAAGAUGCAGAAUGUCACGAAUGUUUUCCUGCUCAGUUUGGCCACAGCAGAUCUUCUAUUGGUUGUCGUGUGUAUCCCCGUCAAGUGUGUGGCUUUUUUCUCGUACACCUGGGACUUUGGGGAAGUGUUAUGUAAAUUAGUCAACUAUCUCCAGAAUAUAUCCAUUAUCUGUUCCGUGAUGAACCUGACUGGACUAAGCCUUGAGAGAUAUUACGCAAUCAUACACCCCAUGAAGGCCAAGUGUGUGUGCACUAUGAAACUGGCAAAGAAGACAGUGAUCGCGAUCUGGGUGUUUGGCUCUAUACUUGCCCUUCCUACAUUGGUGGUACAGAACCAUCAGCGUGUGGGGAAACGACAGAUAGCCUAUUGGUGUGUACUGGACCAGGAAAAUGCUACAUACAGAAUGAUGCACGGCAUUUACAUGUUCCUCAUCAUCCUCGUCAUUCCUUUCUCUCUCAUGUCGUUUGCAUAUGCCAGUAUCUGUCGUCGAUUGUGGCUGAUGAGAUACCACAGAACGGACGCCACCAAUUAUAUUGGUGAGGAAGAAUCAAAGUCGUAUACAGGGAUUUUACGUAAUGCCUCCGGCCGUCCAAGCUGUCAAAGGAACGGCGAAGCGCUAAUGGUUCUUCGAUCACGAAAGUCGCCAAUAGGAGAAGAAAAUCAAACGCGUAAACAGUUGUCUACGGAAGCCAGUUAG